UCUGAUCUGGAUUCUGUAAGAAAUUAUGACUUCAGAGCUUGAUGGUGCUAAAGAGGCAUUGCAAAAAGUGGCAGAAGAAGAAAGCACUCUUAGGAGCUUGGUGGAGUCCCUUAAGGUGGAGCUGGAAGUAGUGAAGAAGGAACAUUCUGAUCUGAAAGAGAAGGAAGCAGAAACCGAAUCUAUUGCUGGGAACUCGCUUGUCAAGCUCCAGAAAAGUAAGGGUGAGCUUGAAGCAGCCCUUACUGAAGAAUCUAAAUUCAAAGAUGCUUCUGAUAAGCAGAUCUCUACCCUCCAACAGCUAUCCUCAGAAACUGAAAAUGCAAGAAAGGAGGCAGAAGAAAUGAAGAGAAAUGUUGAAGAGCGGAAGAAAGAAGCCGAAGCCACCUGGGUUGCCCUGGAAGGAGCAGAAACGACACUACAGAUUGCACUGAAAGAGGCAGAAGAAGCAAAGACAACAGAGGCAAUGGCACUUGAUCAGAUUAAGUUAUUGUCUGAAAGAACAAAUGCAACUCGAGCUUCAACAUCAGAAUCUGGUGCAAUGAUCACAAUCUCAGGAGAGGAAUUUGAGUCUUUGAGCUGGAAAGUUGAGGAAUCUGAUAAAUUAGCUGAAAUGAAAGUAGCUGCCGCAAUGGCUUAGGUGGAAGCAGUAAAGGCUGGUGAGAAUGAAGCACUAAAGAGGUUGGAGGCAGGCCAGAAGGAGAUUGAGGAGAUGAAGGCUGCAACGG